AUGACAAUGAUAACGACAUCAACAAAGACAAUUACAAGGACAAAGACAGCAACAACGACAACGAAAAUAACAAUUACAACGACAAAGACAAUGACAACGACAAAGGCAGCAACAACGACGAAAAACGACAAGGACAACGACAAUGACAAUGUCGAAGACAAAGACGAAGACAGCGACAACAAAACAAAGUCAACGACAACAACGAAAUUGACAACGGCAGCAGCAACGACAAUGACAAUCACAACGACAAUGACAUCGACAAAAACAAUUACAAGGACAAGGACAGCAAAAACGACAACGACAACGACAACGACAAUGACAAUGACAAUGACAACGACAAAGGCAAUGACAAUGACAAAGACAGCAGCAACGACAGAGAAACGACAACGAACACGACAACGACAACGGUAA